ACCUACGUCUAACAAAACAUUUCCAAGAACCAAAAUUUAUUUACCACCAACCACAGAAAUCAAAUAGUUCGUGAAUCAUCGACUUAUUUCAUUCUACGACAACUUUUGGUCAAUUCUGUGUGAUUUUUUUGCUAGAAAUAUGGCGAACAUAAUUUACGGAGCUGAUAUCUCGACGGAAACCAGGCUCAAUAUGGAACUGGAACUGCACGAGUAUCUUCUAAAAGUGACCAAAAAUCACUCGGAUAAAGUUCUAAUGAUAGACGCAGAAACAUCACGAGGAAUCACAUGUGGCCAAGUGCUUCAGGCGAGCGAUCGAAUGGCUAAAUUUUUGCACAAUUUGGGCAUUGAAAAAGGCGUCGUGGUGGCAAUCGCGAGCGAAAAUAGAUUCGAAUUUUUACCAGGGUUACUAGCAACGUUACGUAUCGGAUCGGUGUUUACUUGCGUAAAUCCUCUAUACACUACAGGUGAACUUGCUCAUGCUUUCGACAUAUCGAAACCUAUCGCUGUUAUGGUGACAAACCGGACGUACGAUAAAGUGAACACUAUACAGAAGUCGAGCGAUUACAUAAAGCAUGUUAUCAACUUGGACGUGGUGGAUUUUCUCAAAGAAUCGAAUAUAAUCGACGAUGAUAAUGAAAUUAGGACAUCGGUUCCGGUAUCGACAUCGGCAGAUCCUGCUGCGACUGCUUUGAUUUUAUAUUCGAGUGGCACCACUGGGUUAUCCAAAGGGGUCCAGUUGACUCAUAGAUCUAUUAUUUGUCUGAUGGAAGCUUACAGAACUGAAAACAUCCUGCCAUUUCCUGAUGGUAACACAAUUUCUGGACUUUUACCAAUGAGCCAUACUUAUGGAUUAUUUUGCAUACUGUCUUGCUUUGUUCUCGGGCACAAGUACAUCAUGAUUGGACGAUACUCAGAAGAAUCUUUCCUACGAUACAUCGAAAAGCACAAAAUCACCACUUUAUACGUGGUACCAUCAAUCGUAUUAUUUUUAUCGAAAAGUUCACUGGUCGACAAUUACAACUUAUCCAGUGUCAAGCUGAUAUCCAGUGGUGGAGGUCCGAUAAGAAAAAGUGUCGAAGAGACGAUUAAGAAGCGUUUUAAUUGCGACAUGAUACAAAAUUAUGGGAUGACUGAAACAACAACCAUGAAUUUAAUAUCGUUACCAAGCAGUAAACCAGGAAUUACUGGUAGACUUUUACCAGGUAUGAUGGCCAAGAUUAUAGAUUUAGAAACCGGAUAUCUUUUGGGACCUGGUGAAUUUGGAGAAUACUGUAUUAAGGGCCCGUUGCUGAUGAAGCAGUAUUGUGAUACUAGUGCUACAAGUGGAAUGGUGUCUUUUGAUGAUGAAGGAUGGUUACAUAGUGGAGAUGUAGCGUAUUACGAUCAAGAACAUAACUUCUAUAUCGUUGACAGGGUCAAAGAGUUGAUCAAAUACAAAGGAUACCAGGUGCCUCCUGCAGAAAUAGAAGGCUUAUUACUCCAACUUCCGGACAUAGAAUCAAUAGGAGUUGUAGGAGUACCAGAUGAAGAAGCAGGAGAAUUACCAAGAGCUUAUGUCGUUAAACAGACAGGAGCUGAAAUCACCGCCGAAGAGAUACAAGAAUAUGUUGCAGAAAAUUUAGCACCUUUCAAGAAGCUUAGAGGAGGAGUCAUAUUUGUCGAUGAAUUACCCAAAACUGUCAGUGGCAAAGUAGAACGAAAAGAACUCAAGAAAUGGGUGAAGUGAGAGAAAUACAUUUCUUUCUCAAUUAACGCUUAACGUGUCCUCUAUUUUAUUUGUGUGUGUUUUUUUAAAUUAUUUUUUUGAAAUACAUCAUCGAAUAUGUUGGUCACAA